AACCGCCAAUGAACCUCUUCCAUAAUCAACAUUAUAUUAGCAGCGUAUUUUUUUGUCAAUACUACAAAUACACUUCUACUCAUUUGCUAAACCCUAAAAAAUAUGCAUGGAUCAGUCUUAGUAGAUGAAAUGUAUUUAUUUAGUAAGUAGCUAGUCCGAAUUUUUCCGGUGAAUUCAAUUUACUUCCUUUAAUCUGUCCCCCUUUCCUCAUGUAAUGCUGCAUCUCACAAUAGUUUUGGGAAAUCGAACAUUGUCGCGACUCAAUUUGAAGGCGCAUCUCAUUCAAAGUCGUCAGGAGUGUCCUUGUUGCGGGCAAAAUAGAUGAGGUCCUUCAAGAAGACAGUAAAAAAGUAUCGCUACAAAAUGCACUCACAAAAAGCAAGUUAAUGGGAUGAAACUUUCAAACUUUAUAAUACGCAAAUCAGUGACGUAUGGAAAGAAGUAGACAAUUGUUUAUCAAAAGCUGUUUCGUUCUCAGAAUCUUCUAUAAGCAUAAUGCGGAUGCAGAUACCUUAUUGCCAGAAUAAGUGUUCUACCUUUAAAACAGACCGCAUAGCACAAAAUACGUGAUACUUUUAUAUGUACGCAUAGUUAAAUCACUAUUAAAAUUCUUUGAUAACAUCUGAGUAUUCAUAAUAUGGCUCUAGUCCAGAUCCAGAUAACCGCGAGGCCGCAAUAGCUAUCGGAGUCGAUUUUAUUAUCCUAAUUAUAAUUUGCCGUUCUUUGAUAAGGAUAUUGUAUCUCUUUGGUGCUGUGUUCAAUUAAAACAGUACAACUUUGUAAGUAUAUUUAGAGGUCUACACCAGAUCCUGCCAUUCUCAUUAGAAUUUAGUAAUCCAUGUGGGUGCUAAGAGUAUCAUCUAAAAUCUAUAAUCUAACGGCUUAGGUGGGUACCCUUCUACGUCUAUUAAACAAUGAGAAUCGGUUAAGCUUUGCUCUUGAAUCAUUUUUUAUAUUAAAAUAUUGUUGUCAAUAUUUCUUUCAAUAGGCUCUAGUUUACGAAGAGGUCGUUGUGCGUCCUUUAAGUUAGGCAUUUCACAAACUAUAAAUGAGAGCCAAUCACUUAACUACAAUCGAUAGCUCAUUGCGCGAGCAUAGUAAAGGCCCCUCACAGGUGUCAAAUGGAAAAUCGAACGGCAGGACCUCACCCAUAUAGUUUAUUAAAGGGCGAUACUUAUCAUGCCGCUCAUCGUUGUAACCGGCUAUCCUUCGUGCGGGAAAUCGACCAGAGCGAAACAGCUUGAAAAUUUUUUUCAGAAUAAAUACCCGGACAAAAAGGUGAAAAUGAUUAAUGGAGAUGAAGGCCUGGACCGAAAUAGCACGUUUGCCGACUCUCGGUUAGAAAAAGAACUCCGAGCAAAACUGUUGGCUGAGGUUCAGCGAGAACUCGGGCGGGACAGCCUCAUAAUUCUGGAUGCACACAAUUAUAUCAAGGGAUAUCGUUACGAGUUGUAUUGUCUGUCUAAAUCGGUUAAAACAACACAGUGCACUUUAUAUCUCCCUGUGAAUGUCGACGUCGCGUGGAAGUGGAAUUGUUCAAGGCCGGAGGAGGAUAGAUACUCGAGAGAGAUAUUCGAUGCACUAAUUCUCAGGUACGAAGAGCCUGAUUCAAAAAACCGUUGGGAUUCUCCACUAGUAACGAUCCAUGAAGGCAACGAGAUCCUGUUUCAGGAUGUCGACGCUGCCUUAUUUCAAAGGAAGGCCCCGACACCAAAUCAGGCUACCCAAUCAGAUCCGGUAUUAUCAACGAACUUCCUGUAUGAUCUCGAUAGACUGACACAGGAAAUCAUAGAGGAGGUGUUAAAAAAUCCAAUUGAGUUUGGUAUCCGUCGAGUGACCUUGCCUGAACUAUCGAGAUUACGGAGACAAUUUAUCAACUACGUAAAACAGAAUCCAAUUGAAGAUACAAACAAGAUUAGACCCCUCUUCGAGAAUUACAUACGGAAUAUUACGAUAUAGAUUCGUUGUGGCACUAACAAUAGCCCCUAUAUGUUGUUGUAAGAUGCUUUCGAGAGCCGCGUUGUAUACAUUCAUACGAGAAACUUAUGUAAAUACAAUAGUUUUGGAAGUAUAAUAAAAAAAAAAACUGUUUGUUACUCCUUG